UCAGCCAUAUUCACCGGCAGGAGUGUGGAAGCCGUCGGGAAGAUAUUCGUCCACCGAAGUGUUCACUCCCCUGCGUGUUUGGGCGUUUUCUUGGAUUUUUCAGGAUUACAGAACAUUUUGGACAUGCCUUGGUCCGAUAAUCCGGUCCGGGGAGCGGAGGAGCGGUCCGUGUGACUGGGUUCUGCCGGAGGAGAGCGCAUACUGUGUCGGGAUUAAAGCAGAUGUUGGACCUGCGAGGCCUCCGGGCGGAGGAGACGUUCUAAAGCCGCGGCGACACGGAGACGGAUUACAGGACGCGGCGGCGGCGGCGGCGGCGGAACAUGUCUGGAUUAGUUGUACUGCUGGGCUGAGAGUCCCGGACAGGGCAGGCGACUGAGUCCGUGUCGGGCUGCGUUCAGGGGGGAGGAGGAGGGGGGGCAGGACUUAAACAUUCCCCGGUGGAGGAGGUUCGAUCGCCCGGGUGAAGGGGUUUAAUCUCCCCGGUGCAGGGGGCUUCGUGGAGGGAGGGAGCGGUUGUUGGGUCGUUUACAGACAAAAUGUCAGCCAAGGUUCGCCUGAAGAAGUUGGAGGAGUUUCUCCUGGAAGGAAGUCAGAGGAACUCGGACUGUCUGAGCGUGGAGACGCUGCUGGACGUCCUCAUCUGCCUCUACAAUGAAUGCAGCAACUCGGCCCUCAAACGGGAGAAGCACAUCACCGACUUUCUGGAAUGGGUGAAGCCCUUCACCACAGCCGUGAAAGAGAUGAGGCUCCACAGGGACGACUUUGAGAUGCUGAAGGUGAUUGGUCGAGGAGCCUUUGGAGAGGUUGCCGUGGUGAAGAUGAAACGGACAGAACGCGUGUAUGCCAUGAAGAUUCUUAACAAGUGGGAGAUGCUGAAGAGAGCAGAGACGGCGUGUUUUCGAGAGGAAAGGAACGUUUUGGUGAAUGGAGACAGUCAGUGGAUUACUACUCUACACUACGCCUUCCAAGAUGAAAACUUUCUGUACUUGGUGAUGGACUACUAUGUGGGUGGUGACCUUUUGACAUUACUGAGUAAAUUUGAAGACCGGCUGCCAGAGGACAUGGCUCGCUUCUAUGUGGCUGAGAUGGUUUUGGCGAUUCAUUCCAUCCACCAACACAACUAUGUCCACAGAGACAUUAAGCCAGACAACGUUCUGCUGGAUGUAAACGGUCACAUUCGCCUCGCUGACUUUGGAUCCUGUUUAAAAAUGAUGCAGGAUGGCACGGUGCAGUCCUCUGUUGCCGUGGGAACCCCAGACUACAUUUCCCCUGAGAUCCUGCAGGCCAUGGAGGAUGGCAUGGGGCGUUAUGGCCCUGAGUGUGACUGGUGGUCUCUGGGAGUGUGCAUGUACGAGAUGCUGUAUGGAGAGACACCCUUCUACGCAGAGUCUCUGGUGGAGACCUACGGCAAGAUCAUGAACCACCAGGAGCGGUUCCAGUUUCCCUCCCACCUCUCUGACGUAUCAGAGGAGGCCAAGGAUCUGAUUCAGAAGCUGCUUUGCUCAAGGGAACGCCGGCUGGGUCUGAAUGGGAUUGAUGAUUUUAAGAAGCACCCGUUCUUCAGUGGAAUUGACUGGGACAACAUCCGCUUGGCCGAAGCGCCCUACAUCCCGGAUGUGUCCUCGCCAUCCGACACGUCCAACUUCGACGUAGACGAUGACGUACUUAAGAACCCGGACAUUGGGCCCCCAGUCUCUCAUACUGGUUUUACUGGACAGCAUCUGCCCUUUGUGGGCUUCACAUACACAACUGACAGCUGCUUCUCAGACCGCAGCGCCGUCAGCAGAGCCUCCCCCGGCUCCUCUGGAGAGCAGGAGAACAGAGGAGGAGAGGACAUGGAGAACUUUGAGAGGAGGAUCCGUCGCCUGGAACAGGAAAAGGAAGAACUCAACCGCAAGCUGCAGGAGUCCACCCAGGCCCUGCAGGCUCCAGGGCGUGGGGGUGGCACCCUCAGCAAAGAUCGGGAGAUGAAAAAACUCAACGAGGAAAUCGAGCGACUGAAGCGGAAACUAGCGGAUUCUGAUAGGUUGGAGCACCAGUUGGAGGAGGCAGUGACACUGCGUCAGGACUACGAAAGCUCUGCCUCAAAACUGAAGGCCCUGGAAAAGCAGGUCAAAGCCCUGAAACAAGAGAAAGAUGACAUCCACAAACAAUUAGUGGACUCUCUGGAGAGGCUAAGGAGUCAGACUAAGGAGCUGAAGGAGGCUCACUCCCAGAGGAGGUUGGCUCUUCAGGAGUUCUCGGAGCUGUCGGAGCACACAGCGGAGCUGCGCUCCUCCAAGCAGCGCCUCUCUCGCCAGCUCCGAGACAAGGAAGAUGAAAUGGAGACACUGCAACAGAAGAUGGAGGCCAUGAGGCAGGAGAUCCGCAAGACUGAGAAGGCCCGCAAGGAGCUGGAGGUUCAGUUAGAAGAUUCCAGAGCAGAAGCUUCUAAAGAGAAGAAACUUCGUGAGCACAGUGAGGUUUAUUCUAAACAACUGGAGACAGAGCUGGAGACACUUAAGCUGAAGCAGGGCAGUGGACGGGGAGGUGGGGGUAGCCCCGAGGCACAGCAGGAGCUAUCCAGGAUGAAGUCAGAGCUGGAUAAGAAGGUUCUGUUCUAUGAGGAGGAACUGGUGAGACGUGAGGCUUCCCAUACUUCAGAGCUGAAGAGCCUCCGCAAAGAGCUGCAGGACUCAGAGGGCCAGCAGCUGUCAUUGCACAAAGAGCUCCUCAUGCUCAAAGACAAGCUGGAGAAGGCCAAGAGGGAGAGACAAAUGGAAAUGGACGAGGCAGUUGGAGCUCUGAAGGAAAAGUAUGAAAGAGAGCGAAGCCUUCUGACAGAGGACAACCACAAGCUGACCACAGAGACUGACAGGCUUUGUACAUUUGUAGAUAAACUGACUGCUCAAAAUCGGCAGUUGGAGGAUGAGCUCCAGGACUUGGCUGCUAAGAAGGAGAGUGUGGCCCACUGGGAGGCUCAGAUCGCUGAGAUUAUCCAGUGGGUGAGUGAUGAGAAGGAUGCCCGGGGUUACCUCCAGGCUUUGGCCUCUAAGAUGACAGAAGAACUGGAAUCUUUACGGAGCUCCAGUCUUGGAACAAGACCUCUGGACCCACUGUGGAAGGUCCGUCGGAGCCAAAAACUGGACAUGUCAGCCCGACUGGAGCUCCAGUCUGCGCUGGAGGCAGAGAUCCGGGCCAAACAGCUGGUCCAGGAAGAACUCCGCAAGGUCAAAGCUGCCAACAUCUCCUUUGAGAGUAAAUUAAAGGACUCAGAAGAGAGAAGCAGGGAGAUGGAGGAACAGUUUGAGAGCCUGAAAAAGGAGUUGGAGGAGAUCCGCUCAAACUCUGAAAAAGGUCUGAAGCUGCCAGAUUUUCAGGACUCUAUAUUUGAAUACUUCAACACCUCACCCCUGGCACAUGACCUCACCUUCCGAACCAGUUCCAUCAGUGAGACAGACUCCACCCCCCAGAAAGCAGAUGCUCCGCCCUCACCUCCACCCACAGCCUCUGAACAUGACGACUCAGCCAAGCAUGACGUCCCUGCCACACCCCCCUCUACCUACCAGACCUCGCUGCUUAGCACACCAAAGCCCAAAGCUCAUCAGUUGAGUAUCAAGACAUUUUCCAGCCCCACUCAGUGCUCCCACUGCUCCUCCCUCAUGGUGGGCCUCAUCCGCCAAGGCUACGCCUGUGAAGUGUGUUCGUUUAUCUGUCACGUGUCCUGUAAAGACCACGCCCCCCUGGUGUGUCCUAUCCCAGCAGAACAGGCCAAGAGGCCCCUGGGAAUUGAUGUCCAGCGUGGGAUCGGCACUGCCUAUAAAGGCUAUGUUAGGGUUCCUAAACCUACAGGGGUGAAGAAGGGCUGGCAGAAAGCCUAUGCUGUGGUGUGUGACUGUAAGCUGUUCCUCUAUGAAGUCCCAGAAGGCAAAUCCACCCAACCCGGGGUAGUAGCUAGUCUGGUGUUGGACCUCAGAGAUGAAGAGUUCUCUGUGAGUUCUGUCUUGGCAUCAGACGUGAUCCAUGCCAACAGGAAAGAUGUUCCUUGUAUCUUCAGGGUGACCUCCUCCUUGCUGAGCUCCCCAGCGCGAACUUCAUCCCUGCUGGUUCUGGCGGAGAAUGAGGCUGAAAAGAGGAAGUGGGUCGGGAUUCUGGAGGGUCUUCAGAGCAUCUUGACCAAGAACCGUCUCAAAAACCAUGUGGUCCACUUCCUCCAAGAGGCCUAUGACCCCUCACUGCCCGCCAUCAAAACCACGCUGUCUGCCACCAUAGUGGACCGGGAGCGAAUUGCCCUGGGAACAGAGGAUGGGCUCUUUGUGGUGGAGAUCACCAGAGAUGUCAUUGUUCGUGCUGCUGACUGUAAGAAGGUCUAUCAGAUUGACCUGAUUCCCAAGGAGAAGAUGGUGGUUCUGCUGUGUGGCCGCAAUCGUCAUGUCCACCUCCACCCCUGGGGGGCGCUCGAGGGUGCUGACGCUGCCUUUGACAUCAAGCUAACAGAGACAAAAGGUUGCCAGGCCCUCACCACAGGGGUCCUCCGGCGGGGUGGGGCAGCCUGUUUGCUGGCUGCAGUCAAACGACAGGUUCUGUGCUAUGAGAUCACACGGGCAAAGCCUCACAACAGGAAGUUGUGGGAGGUUCAGGCUCCAGGGAUGGUGCAGUGGUUGGGGAUGGUGCGGGAGAGGCUCUGUGUUGGCUACCCAUCAGGUUUUGCCUUGCUGGCCCUGCAGGGGGAGUCAUCUCCCGUCAGCCUGGUGAGUCCCGCUGACCCCUCCCUAGCGUUCCUGGCCCAGCAGCCCCUGGAUGCGCUGCACGCUCUGGAGGUCGGCUCUUCCGAGCUGCUGCUCUGCUUCAGUCAGCUGGGUGUCUAUGUGGACCCACAGGGACGACGCUCACGUACCCAGGAGCUGAUGUGGCCAGCAACCCCGCUAGCAUGCAGUUCCAACGCUCACUACCUGACAGUAUACAGUGAGUAUGGAGUUGAUGUGUUUGAUGUCCACACUACAGAGUGGGUUCAGACUGUCUCCCUUCGCAAGAUCAAGCCUCUGAAUAUUGAGGGAACAUUGAACCUUCUUGGUUCAGAACAGCCACGCCUCAUCUACUUCAGUAACAGUUCCUCAGAAGGUGACCUGGCAGUCCCAGAGACAUCAGAUAACAGUAGAAAGUUGAUGGUUCGAACCCGCAGCAAGAGGAAGUUCCUAUUCAAGGUUCCAGAGGAGGAGAGACUCCAACAGAGGAGGGAGAUGCUGAGAGAUCCAGAGCUCCGGUCUAAAAUGAUUUCCAAUCCCACAAACUUCAACCAUGUGGCUCACAUGGGUCCAGGAGACGGCAUGCAGGUUCUGAUGGACCUGCCUCUGUCCAGUGAUGUCACCUCCCCCUCCCCAUCUUCCUCCCGUCACUCUCUCAUCUCCCCCCCAACCAACUUUGAGCACGUCUAUCACAUGAGCUCGGUGUCAGCUGACCUCUACCUGCAGACCGACCCUGCCUCCAGUUCCUCCUCUCCCUCCACCUGUUCUCUGGGAAGGAGUGUACUUUCUUCCUCUCAGGAUGACCCUGGUAAAGAUAAGCCCCGCCCCCUCUCCAGUAUUUCCCGCCAGCAACGCAGCAAAAGUCACAUCACACGCACAGCCUCUGAUUUUGGAGGAGCUGGGUCAGCCCGCAGCGUGUCAGAUCCAGACCAGGACCUGGACAGAGAGCCUGACUCAGACUCCACCAAACACUCCACCCCCUCCAACAGCUCCAACCCCAGCAGCCCCCCCAGCCCAAAUUCCCCACACUGCAGUCAGCUGACCCUGGAUGGACUGGACCACACCCUGGACACCUGAAUAUACACACACACACACACACACACACACACACACACACACACACGGUUGGAGUGAUGUCUCCUGGCAGAAUUUCCACUAAAUGGCCUCUUGUUUCCUGCGUCACAUGACCUUCAGUAUCAUUGGGGCGCUGCCAUCUGCUGGGCGGUAUAGGAGCCUACAGGAACUUCCAAGAUGAGGGUUUUUUUCUUUACUUUUUAAAUUCCCAACCAUUGUUUUAAUUUCCUGUCGUUUUAGCAGAAUCCUGAUCUCAGACCUAAAGGAAAAAGGAUUAAUCAGGAAAUAGUGACAGACUGAACUUCCUGCUGUGUUUUUUAAGGCUCAGCGCCAACACAGACCCAUGGCCCCUGCUUUUCGCACUAGGAAACCCUGUAUGUGUUGUUUGGGCUAACCACUGUCUCACCUUUCAGCUAUUUUUAACUCUUUAGAUCUUUGUGGGAAAAUAAUGUAUAGUUGUUAAAUUCACUGUCGAAGUGAGAUAAAAAGAGUGAAAGGAUUGAUUUGUGAGUAAAAUGUCUUUUAAAUUUGAAGUUUGAAGUGUUUGGGAUGUGCAAACUACAGGACCAGUCCUUCGCUGCUGCUGCUUGUACAGGCUGACAUCCAUAAGAGUUAGCCGUUCACCACACAGGUGAAUCCAGCCCGCGCUGCACGCUGGUGUGUAACUGCUCAGUCUGGCUGGAGGUGUUGACCAGAACUGGUGCAGUGUUGUGUUGCCUCCGUGGUGCAUGAUGCGGUGUCGAGGGUUUGGAGAAAAGCAUCUGGCCACGUUCAACACUAGGAGGGGAGCUCCUGGUAGUCAAGCUCACAUCGUCCCUUGUGUCCUGCAUCAGGCUGCAGCUGAACACUGACAGACACACCGCUACUCUCACACACUGACACACCUUCACUUCCUGUAGUCCACACAAUCCUCUCUGGCUUAUGUCAGUGAUUGUUCCAAUUGUAACCCCCCCCCCCCACACACACACACACACACACACACACAAACACUGACAGACUUUGUGUUGGAAACAAGCCUGUUCUUUACACGCUACUGCUUCUUCUAAAUCACCAGUCUUUGGAAUUAAUGAAUUGUUAGCAAAAAAAAAAAUCUAAACAGACAAUAAAAUGAUAUCU